CCCUGCGCCAACCAUAAACGGUAAAUCUGCUGCGUGGCGGAUCAAAACAGCGAGCUCAGAUCAAACUUGGAGAAAGCUAGCUGGCUCUUCUCAAAAUCGUCAAACCCUAACUUACAAUUUGAUCAUUUCCCUAACUGUCGAAUCAGAAAACCGUAUUCUCCAUUUUCAAAGCAACAAUAAAGCUUUAGAAUUUAUCUAUUUUUGUCGAAAUCUUAAGGAUGAGACGCUCUCUCAUAUUUCUCCUGCUCUUUAGAAUUAUUUUAUUACCAUUAGUAAGAGGUAUCUCGGGCUCAGCCAUCUUCCAUACCUCCCUUCCCGACGAGAGCAGCCAGGUUUCCAAGCUAUACAAGUCUUUUUUGCCGCCAAAACAUAAACAAGAUAUAGCAUUAGUGGCUGCAUUGGAUGGAACUGUAUAUUUCGUGGACACUAAUUCGAGGAAAAUUCGUUGGUCUUUCUCAUCUGGGCCUCCUAUUUAUUCUUCUUACCAAGCUACUCUUAAUAAUGACGAUGAUAGGCAUAAUGCCUCUGAACUGAGUAACGACUUGUAUUACAUAGAUUGUGGAGAUGAUUGGGAACUCUAUGUCCAUAGCAAGCGCUUUGGAAAAUUGCAAAAACUUUCACUGAGUGCUGAAGAAUAUAUUAGAAUGACACCACAUAUAUCAGAGGAUGGAGAAAUUACAUUGGGAGUAAAAAAGACAACUGUUUUUCUUGUUGAUGCCAAGACUGGACGACUGGUUCGCACUUAUGGGUUGGAUAAUUCUCCUUCCACUUUGUUGUCAAAGACUGCUGAAGAAAAUGCUCUUCUGUUGGUAAAAGAUGCUGAGUUGAUAGAAUCUGCUGGUACCGACUUACAAACAGUUCAGCAUCUGGUUUACAUCACAAGGACAGAUUAUCUGCUGCAACACUACUCUCCAAAUUCCACUGAAGUUUUAUGGAAUGUUGCAUUUGCUGAUAUUGAGGCAGAAUUUCGCUGUCAAGGGUUUAGAGGUUCUUUAGGUGGAGUUUCUCUGAGUGCGGAUGAAGUUAGAGAUGAUGCUGAAUUUCCUUGUCAAAUGAAGACCGCUGUCCUCCGAAUUCGCGAUUGCAACUCAUUGGAAUUUGAUAAAUUAGCAAUUGCUCAUCUUGGAGGAGGACCACGCUUUUUGCCCACCCCACUGGACUUUCCUCGCUUAGGAUCUGUUCAUGGAUUUCCACCGGCUCUCCCCAUUAAUGAAGACAGGCCUAUGCUUGCUUUGCCUGCGUCUGAGGCUAAAAACCCUGAGAACUUAGAUAUGCUCAGUGGAAAUGCUGGUAUAAUCAACAGGACAACUUUAUCCUCUGAAAUUGACGCAAAUUCUUAUAUGUGGCCUGUUAUUGCUGCCAUUUUGUCCAUUCUGAGUUGCAUCUUUUAUAGUUAUUUAACAUUUAGAAAACAGAGUAAGUUGAAUAAGCCAAUAGAGGAACUUAAAUUGCAAGCUGGGAUGCCCAAAAAGAAGAGAAGUAAGAGAACAGGAAACACCAGGAACAUUAGAACAGGAAACACCAGGAACAUUUCCAAUAAUGAGGGAAGGCAGAAAUUUCUCUCUCUUGAGAAUAAGGAUGGAAACACUGGAGCUUCAGUCACCGAAGAGAAUGAAAGGAAGUUAUUGCUGACAUUUGCUGAUGAUGGCUGUGUAGAUGGCCGCAGGAUUGGUAAGUUGCUUGUUUCUAACAAAGAAAUUGCCAAGGGUAGUAAUGGUACAGUUGUGCUUGAGGGCAUUUAUGAUGGUCGUCCUGUAGCUGUUAAACGCCUUGUGCAAACCCAUCAUGAUGUUGCUUUGAAAGAAAUUCAGAACCUUAUUGCUUCAGAUCAGCAUCCAAAUAUUGUUAGAUGGUUUGGAGUGGAGCAUGAUCAAGAUUUUGUUUACCUUGCUUUAGAGCGCUGCACUUGCAGCUUAAACGACUUUAUUUAUGCGUACUCUGAAUCUUUUCAAAGUCAAGCGUUUUCUAAGAAUGUUGGUCCCAACUGCUUGCCAGAGUGUACCAUUCGAUUAAAUCCAAUGCUGGAACGUAACAGAAAUGUCGAAUUGUGGAAGGCAAAUGGACAUCCUUCAACACAGCUAUUAAAAUUGAUGAGGGAUGUGAUUUCUGGGCUUGCUCACCUACAUGAACUUGGAAUUAUACAUCGGGACUUAAAGCCUCAGAAUGUCUUGAUAAUCAAUGAGAAAACUUUUUGUGCAAAGCUUUCUGAUAUGGGCAUUAGUAAGCUCCUUCCCGGGGACAUGUCUUCCUUGACCCAACAUGCAACUGGCUAUGGAAGUUCAGGCUGGCAAUCGCCCGAACAACUACUCCACAGACGCCAAACACGUGCAGUGGACUUAUUUAGUUUAGGCUGUGUUCUAUUUUUCUGUGUCACAGGGGGGAAGCACCCUUUUGGUGAAAAUAUUGAACGUGAUGUAAAUAUUGUGAAUGACCGAAAAGACCUGUUCUUGGUAGAGAAUAUACCUGAGGCUGUGGAUCUUUUCUCUUGCCUCUUGGAUCCCAACCCGGAUAAGAGGCCAAAAGCUCUGGAGGUACUGAACCAUCCUUUGUUCUGGACUUCUGAAAAGAGACUCUCAUUUCUUCAGGACAUCAGCGAUAGGGUUGAACUGGAAGAUAGGGAGAACGAAUCAGAAGUCUUAACUGCAUUAGAAAGUGUUGGAACGGCAGCCUUUAAUGGGAAAUGGGAUGAAAAGAUGGAAGCUGUAUUCAUUAACAACAUUGGACGCUACAGGCGUUAUAAGUAUGAUAGUGUCCGCGAUUUGUUGCGGGUCAUACGCAACAAGUCACAUCACUACAGAGAACUUCCUCAAGAGAUCAAGGAAAUAUUAGGAUCACAUCCAGAAGGAUUUGAGAACUAUUUUUCUAGCCGAUUUCCAAAGUUGUUGAUUGAGGUGUACAAAGUGAUGUGUAUGCACUGCAAAGAGGAGGAAUUCUUUCGUAAAUACACAGAAAGCAGUAUAAUCUAGAAAACCCGUUGCUCAUUUGUUCUUUUGCCUGACUAAGGUGUUCUCUAACUGGGGUAAUUAAAAAUGUUGUAAAUCGAACUUAUGCUAACAUUGCAACAGAAAUUGUAUCAAGUUACUAUGUAACCUGGUGUACAUAUCAGUUAUGUAACUAAUUUACAUUGUUGUGACAGUCGAUUCAUUUGCCAAUGUUCUGUUGUUUAGUGUA